UAGGCUGAGUUUAGCCGGCGGGAGCCCGGAGUCCGCUCGGCGCGAGCGCGGGGACGCGGGAGCUGCGCGUGAUCCGAGCAGCUUUCCCGAGCAGCCGCCAGGCUCAGCCCCGCUCCCGGCCCUGCCGCGCAGCCCAGGGACCUGCUAUGGCCACGUCUAUACUCGGGGAAGAGCCGCGCUUCGGAACGACCCCGUUGGCCAUGCUGGCGGCGACCUGCAACAAGAUCGGCAACACGAGCCCGCUGACGACGCUGCCGGAGUCAAGCGCCUUCGCCAAGGGCGGCUUCCACCCCUGGAAGCGCUCCUCGUCCAGCUGCAACCUCGGCUCCAGCCUCUCGGGCUUCGCCGUGGCCACCGGUGGCCGCGGCUCGGGCGGCCUGGCGGGCGGCUCGGGCGCAGCGAACAGCGCCUUCUGCCUGGCCUCCACGUCCCCCACGUCGUCCGCUUUCAGCAGCGACUACGGCGGCCUCUUUUCCAACUCGGCGGCUGCCGCGGCGGCGGCUGCCGGAGUGUCCCCGCAGGAGGCGGGCGGCCAGUCGGCCUUCAUCUCCAAGGUGCACACGACGGCGGCCGACGGCCUGUACCCGCGCGUGGGCAUGGCGCACCCGUACGAGUCCUGGUACAAGUCGGGCUUCCACUCGACGCUGGCGGCGGGCGAGGUGACCAACGGCGCGGCGUCGUCGUGGUGGGACGUGCACAGCAGCCCGGGCUCGUGGCUGGAGGUGCAGAACCCCGCUGGGGGGCUCCAGAGCUCGCUGCACUCGGGCGCCCCCCAGGCCUCGCUGCACUCGCAGCUCGGCACCUACAACCCCGACUUCAGCUCGCUCACACACUCGGCCUUCAGCUCCACGGGCCUCGGCUCCUCGGCCGCCGCCGCCUCGCACUUGCUCUCGACCAGCCAGCACCUGCUGGCUCAGGACGGCUUUAAGCCGGUGCUGCCCUCCUACUCGGACUCCAGCGCCGCCGUGGCGGCCGCAGCUGCCAGCGCCAUGAUCUCGGGCGCCGCGGCCGCCGCCGCCGGGGGGAGCUCGGCGCGCUCUGCCCGCCGCUAUUCCGGCCGCGCCACCUGCGACUGCCCCAACUGCCAGGAGGCGCGGCUGGGCCCGGCCGGAGCGAGCCUGAGGCGCAAGGGCCUGCACAGCUGCCACAUCCCGGGCUGCGGCAAGGUGUACGGCAAGACGUCGCACCUGAAGGCACACCUGCGCUGGCACACGGGCGAGCGGCCCUUCGUGUGCAACUGGCUCUUCUGCGGCAAGCGCUUCACGCGCUCGGACGAGCUGCAGCGGCACCUGCGGACUCACACGGGCGAGAAGCGCUUCGCCUGUCCGGUGUGCAACAAGCGCUUCAUGCGCAGCGACCACCUGAGCAAACACAUUAAGACGCACAACGGGGGCGGCGGGGGCAAAAAGGGCAGCGACAGUGACACGGACGCCAGCAACCUGGAGACGCCCCGCUCCGAGUCCCCCGACCUCAUCCUGCACGACUCCAGCGUCAGUGCCGCCCGGGCGGCUGCUGCGGCGGCGGCUGCGGCGGCGGCGGCAGCGGCGGCGGCGGCCUCGGCUGGAGGCAAGGAAGCCGCGUCUGGCCCCAACGACUCUUAGAGGCCGGGCAAGAAGUGCGAGUGAGCGAGUAGAGACACCGAGAGCGAGCGAGAGGUUCGGAGGGCCGGUGAGAGGGGCACGGACGGGCGGGGGCUCCAGUGACGCCCCCGGGCCAGCGCGAAGUGUAGCAGCACCCGGCUCCUCGGCCG